CAGACACCCUGCUUCCUACCAUCCCCCUUCACUACACACAUAGCAGCUUUGGAUUGGUCAGAAACUGGAAUCUGAUAUAAACAAACAGAAGACAGGCGUCUCCAGACAGACACACAAUCUGACUACACACAGCAGCAGAACCAGCAGCACAGUAUCACACGAGCACUGGGUGGGCCCCUGUCCCUUAGCCCCCCGUACACAUAGCACGACCUGGACAACAGCCGCACACCAUACAUUGCAGAAGCGGGACACCAGCCGCACACAGUAGCAGGAGCGGGACACACUCCACAAGCGCCGCUUCAGCACUCCUGGUGUGGACAGCUCCCAGUGCUUGGCAAUAGCCUUAUAUGCAUUGGGGUGACCCGUUACUUGACGCUUAAGCAGUAGCUGGAGGGUUGCUGUACAGAUGUGGUCAUAUAUAUACAGGUGAUGCGAUUUGGUUUGCAAGUACGUAGACAUUCCAUAGGGAAGGCACUAGCUGUGUGUACAUAUAUACGCAAUGCUAAGGGUGACCAUUUUGUGCAGUUAGAAUAGGUAACUCUUACUAAGGCACUAUAGGCAUCUGCUAUACAGGACAGUUGGUGCAUGGUGGUAGGAGGUGGCGAUGGGCGGCCGGGUGAGCAGACAGAGCAGUCUGGAGGAUGAGCCGGAGGACGCAGUAGAUUCGUGGCCCCUAAAAGGGGAGACUGCGGGCUCUCGCGGCGAUUUUGCUAUUACAUCUCUAAUACUGAACUCAGAGCGCAUUCCCGGGGUGCUGCGGAGAAACAAGCCGGCUCCUUAUGUGAGGAGAGCAGCAUGGAUACGAGAUAUACAGGCGCUGCUCCGGGACCACAAGCAAGAUCGGGCGUUGCAUGUUCUGAAACUGCUCCGCAAGGACCUGGGUCUGGAGGGCACAUUCCUCAAUGACAUCUUAUACAGGCAUGUCACUUUCCUUAACCUGGUGGAUCCCAUCUCCCAUGAACUGCUGCUCAGCCUGGCCAGGGAACUGCAGUGCCCCAGGAAGGAACAUGACCAAAUGAAAUCUACAGAUCGCAUCUGCCGGCAGCUCCUUUACCACUUGACACCACACUCAAAGUGGCAUCGGCACAGUCUACCUCAAAGAAAGAGUAUGACAUGUCUGAAGAACAGUCUGCAAGAAAAGUCAAACAUUGAAGCUCUGGAUCUCUCUGGUAUCCCCCUAUCUCCCAGAGACAUACAUCGUGUGGUCCUAUACUUGCAGGAACAUGGAGAUAGCCUUACCAGUGUGGACCUAAGCUUUACAGAACUCACAGACAGCACCCUGGGGUUGGCCCUGCCGGCUCUUGCAGCUCUCCCCAAUCUCACUCAUCUUGCCCUUAACGGAAACCGACUUUCUUUUGCCACACUGAAGGAGUUCAGCGAAGCCAUGAAGGAUAAUACCAACUUUCCCUCUUUGGCAUGGGUAGAUUUGGGCAACAAUGUAGACAUCUGUUCCAUGCCCCAACCAAUGCUCCUAGGUUUGAGGCGCCGCCUGUGCCAGCAGAAUUUGCUUCCCACCAUUCCUGAGGCACAGGACAGUGACUUGUCUGAGGGAGGGGUUUCCAUGUCUUUCCCUUUGCCUUGGGACAGCUGAGACCUCCUACGAUAGAAACCAUGGAGAGAGGGACAGAUGACCCCUCCUCAAACCAGUAUUGGUCUCAUCUAACAUAAGCAGAGAGCAGAUGUCACACUCACUGUGCCACAGGUAGUUAGUUUUCAGCCCAGGAGAACAAGUACUGGAUGAAGAUAUCUCAUAGUGUCACACUUUUUCACCAACUGGGUGAAUGUCCCUGAGGCAAGGCAGCCCUCCACAGCUCAGAACCGGCCUCAUCACUGUAUGUACUGAUUAAUCUCUAGACAAUAGGAAACAGUGAUCACAGCUGGGCAGAGACAAAACUGCAGUGUCAGGAAAACCGGGAAAAUGUGGGGGUGGGCACCUGCUGUCAUAUAGUGGCAAGGCUCCAGGGGAGAAAACAUCAGGAAAAUAUGCGAUAAUGAUGUACAGUAUAUUACUAAGACCACAAAAGCCAGUAUUGUACAUUUAAAGGUUUCAGUGACAGUAAAACACAUUCUUUGACCAGUUUGUUUGAGCGGAAUUUAGUAUCAUCACUGCUAAAUCUGACUUUUUAAUCAGGGAAUUUGUGUUUAUAAUUUAAAUGUGUGUGUGAAUAGUGAAAGAGGUGUUUUCAAUGCUAAACAAGGGAUUUGUAAGCAGUGAUACUUUUAUGGUUAACUUAGAAGUUUGCUUUCAAAAUACAAGUUUUACUUUUUUUUUUAUCAGGUUUAAAAACUGUUCAAAUGCCAUAUAAACCUGUUAAGCAAUUACAAUAUGAAAUCACAGUAAACAGGCUGUUCACUAUUGCAACAUUGUGUAUUUCACAGUUACUCAUCACUUAUCAGAGUGUAAGCAUAUUGUAAUAUAUUAUACUGUAAUAUUACUUAACCCCUGCUUACCCAAAUUAUUAUUCAUUGUUCAUCAUUUUAUCAUGCAACGCUAUUAAAAGCCUUAAACAGUGUUUUACUAAUGUAAUGUAAUAUAUUGCAUAGGAAACUUCCAAAGGUAAGUGUAAGGAGUCUGAGAGUUUGUCUUGGGAUUAUAUGACAAGCAGUUAUCACAAGAAGUGAGAAGUGUGUGAUCAGGAUUAGCUGCAGGGGAAAUGUGGCCAUAGCAACAAGUGUAUUAUCUUCAUUGCAUAAAGUCGAGUUCUCUUCAUGCCUUAGUGCUGAUAAGUGCAAAGGUGAGGACACUCGCUGCCAAAUCAUGCUUGCCUAACCAAAUAGGUUGGUUCAGUUAGUUUGCUAAUUUCAGUUGCACAGGAGAUUUGUACAUCUUUAUCUUAUUAACAGAAUUCAUUGAUCUGUUUGUCUGUCCGGUUAUGCAUUCGUACACCCCUGCACUGAUUGGAAUUCAACUGGAUCAUCAACGCGAGGUGGUCCAGUUGAAUCCUGUCCAUGUUUUAGGGGGUUAGGGUUGAUAUCCUAUCUCGCGGCAGAAUGCGCCAGGCAGAACUUUGACCUAGGGAGCCUGUUUUAGCCCUUCCACUAUAUGGAUUUUGAAGAAAACAUUACAGAGUGGUAACAUUGGAGCCCAGAAGACAUACUAAGGGGAUGGGGUCGGUUGGACCCCAUGGCAGAAUGAGCCAGGCAGAACUUUGACCCAGGGUGCCUGUUCUGGGCCUUCCACUGGAUGGAUUUGGAAGAAAACUGCACCAGUUGGAUACUGGCCAGGUUUUAGGGGAGUUAGGGUCCCGGUCAGACCUUAUAGCAAAAUGCACCGGCCAGAACUGUGACCCAGGGAACCUAUUCAGGGCCUUUCACAGGAUGGAUUAAGAAGGAAACUUCACAGAGUGGUAACAUUGGAUCCCAGAAGACAUGCUAGUUGGUUGGGGUCGGUCGGACCUCAUGUUGGAAUGCGCCAGUCAAAAGUUUGAUCCAGGGAGCCUGUUCUAGGCCUUCCACUGGAUGGAUUUGGAAGAAAACUUUACAGAGUGGUAACAUUUUAUCCUAGAAGACAUACUAGGGGGUUGGGGUUGAUUGGACCUCACGGCAGAAUGUGCCGGGGAGAACUUUGUCCCAGAGAGUCUGUUCUGGGUCUUUCACUGGAUGGAAAACUCCACAGAGUGAUAAUGUUGGAUCCCAGAAGCCAUACUAGGGUGUUGGGGUCGGUCAGACCUUGCAGUGGAAUGCACCAGGCAGAACUUUGACCCAGGGAGUUUAUUCUGGGCCUUACACUGGAUGGAUUUGGAAGAAAACUUCACAGAGUGAUAGCAUUAGAUUCCAGAAGAUAUACUGUGGGGGUUAAAGUUGGUCGGACAAGAUGGUGGAAUGCGCCAGCCAGAACUUUGAUCCAGGAAACCUGUUCUGGACCUUUCACUGGAUGGAUUUGGAAGAAAACUUCACAGAGUAGUAACAUUGGACCCAAGAAGACAUACUAGCGGGCUGGGGUUGGUCGAAGCUCAUGGCGAAAUGUGCCAGCCAGAACUUUGUCCGAGGUAGCGUGUUCUGGGUCUUCCACUGGAUGGACUUGGAAGAAAACAUGACAGAGUAGUAAUGUUAGAUCCCAGAGGACAUACUAGGACAGUGGUUCCCAAACUGUGUGCCGUGGCACCCUGGGGUGCCUCGGGACAAUUGCAGGGGUGCCUUGGAUUGGUGGUUCAGUACCAAUUUAGAUUAUUUAUGGUCAAUGUAAUAGGCUAAACCAGUGCUGGUGGCUGCCAAUCAUAAUAUAUUUGGACAAACAGAAGCAAAUAUUGUCCCUCACCAUAUAACUGAACCUUAAGAUUACACAUAAACACAAUUUACUUAAUUUCAUAUUUUAUUUCUGAAUUUCUCAAUAAGAAAUUUUUGGCCUAGGGGUGCCGUGAAAUAUUUUUGGAUACUCUAGGUCACCGUAACUCAAAAAAGUUUGGGAACCACUGUACUAGGAGGUUGGGGUUGGUCAGACCUCACAGCAGAAUGUUUCGGGCACAACUCUGACCUGGGGAGCCUGUUCUGGGCCUUCCACUGGAUGGAUUUUGAAAAAAACUGCACUGAUUGAGAUGAAACAACGCAAGGUGGUCCAGUUGAAUCCUGGCCAUGUUUUAGUGGGGUUAGGGUCACUGUCAGACUUUACAGUGCAAUGCGCUGGUCAGGACUUUGACCCAGGGAGCCUAUUCUGGGCCUUCCACUGGAUGGAUUUGGAAGAAAACAUCUCAGUGGUAACAUUGGAUUCCAGAAGACAUACUAGGAGGUUGGGGUCCCAAUUGGACCUCUCGUUGCUGUGCGCUGGCCAGAACUUUGACCCGGGAAACCUGUUCUGGGCCUUCCACUGGUUGUAAUUAGAUGAAAACUUCACAGAUUGGAAACAUUGCAUAACUACAAGUUAGGCAAAGAAGCUGCAAGGGACAAAGUUUUCUUUUCCUGGGGCACUCAUCACAUAUGUGUCAAAUAAAAAUGUGAAGUUAAAAUAUAACUUGUAAUGAAAAACUUCCAAAAAGGUACAGAGUGUUCCAUACUGUAUGUAGCUACAAUUUGUGACAGUUUAUAAAUGACAUAUAAAGUAUUGUCACCAAUAGCCAAGUGGCUGACAAAUGAUAAAUUACAUAUAGAGUGUUGUCACCAAUAGCCAAGUAGUGGAAUUUCACAAAGAGACCCUUACAGUGAGGUAUACUCAAUUUCAGCAAUUCAAAUAAUUCAAAGCAUCUCUCAUACACAGUGUUUUCCUUACCUCAUACACAGUAUUUUCCUGACCCGGGUAACCUGUUCACACUGCGCCUGACCCAGUAAUAACCCGGGAAUAACCCUUCCUAUAAUCCGGGUUGAAUUACUGGGUCAGACGACUUGGGAUUUCCGGAGUAACCCUUUCACUCAGCAUAGCGACCCGUGUCGACCUAGCAAUAUACUGGGUCGAUACCGGGUUAUUUGUGCGGUGUGAAAGGGGUACGAAAGGGGUAUUAUUGGGUCACUAAACUUAAUUCUCAUAAGAUCUAACUUCUGCCCCCUCACAGAGUGAUGCAGGAUGCAGAAGCAUUUACCUCUGAAGCAUUUUAUAAUUUCUAAAUCAGUGUUAUGCAGGUGGAACCCAUAGUUACAUAGCAUAUCACAGGUAACAUACAGUAUCAAGAACAGCUCAUACUAGGCUACAUGACAUACGCUGUGCCCAACUAACUGAUGAAUAUAUAUUGAUGGGAUCAAUGCACAUAAUUAUUUAUCAAUUGUUUCUUACAAAUAGAUCACCGUUUGGCCCAUCAUACAAUACCUAACUCAAUAAACAAUGAUAAUUAUCAACAUGAUACUGCCUAACAGCAACUGUUUCAAGAGAACUUCUUAUGGGCCUGUAAAGUGUUGCAGGCAGGAUAAUUUGACAAUUUGUAGGUCAUCCAUUCUGGAUACUUUAUAUUUCCUUUUCUUUUAGUUUAAAAAAUAGCAGUAUUAAAGUAUAGCAAGAGCACUAUCUACGUAGUGAAGUCUAACAUGUCAUUGGGUAAAACAAAUGUGCAACAGAAAAGGUUAAAUCCCUCUACAGUAAAACAGCUGGUUGUUUAUUAACUGGAGCUUGGCAGGUCACUGCACAGCAAGUGUCAGGUCUUAUAUCACAGUAGGUUACAGUUGCAGUACAAUACUGUAUGACGCAGUCACAGUAGCAGGUAUACAACUCUGGCCCAUAGCUGACAUACAUGAUAUCAGUGGCCCUUCCUGUUCACGCCAUCCUGACGCUAACCACUACCGCCAGCCUAUCGCGUUGUUCAGUAUCUGGAGCCCUGAACUCUGUUCCCAGCAGAAGUUUAAGCCAAACUCUUAAGUGCUGCUGAUUACCUGACUAUUGGGGGUAAUUCUGAGUUGAUAGCAGCAGGAACUUUGUUAGCAGUUAGGCAAAACCAUGUGCACUGCAGGGGAGGCAGAUAUAACAUGUGCAGAGAGAGUUAGAUUUGGGUGGGUUAUUUUGUUUCUGUGCAGGGUAAGUACUGGUUGCUUUAUUUUUACAUUGCAAUUUAGAUUGCAGAUUGAAGACACCCCACCCAAAUCUAACUCUCUCUGCACAUGUUAUAUCUGCCUCCCCUGCAGUGCACAUGGUUUUGCCCAACUGCUAACAAAGGCCCUCAUUCCAUUGAUCGCUCGCUAGCUGCUUUUAGCAGCAGUGCAAACGCUAGGCCGCCGCCCUCUGGGAGUGUAUCUUAGCUUAGCAGAAUAGCGAACGAAAGAUUAGCAGAACUGCUCAAAUCUUUUCCUGCAGUUUCUGAGUAGCUCCAGACCUACUCACAGAUUGCGAUCACCUCAGUCCGUUUAGUUCCUGCUUUGACGUCACAAACAUGCCGUGCGUUCGGCCAGCCACUCCUCCAUUUCCCCAGCCACUCCUGCGUUUUAGCCUGACACGCCUGCGUUUUUUAGCACACUCCCGGAAAACGGUCAGUUUCCGCCCAGAAACACCCACUUCCUGUCAAUCACACAACGAUCAGCAGAGCGACUGAAAAGCGUCGCUCGUCCCUGUGUAAAAUUGCUUAGUUUUGUGUGAAAUUACUUGGUGCGUGCGCCCUGCGGCCCAUACGCAUGCGCAGAACAGCCGGUUUUUAGCCUGAUCGCUAUGCUGCGAAAACCGGCAGCGAGCGAUCAACUUGGAAUGAACCCCAAAGUUCCUGCUGCGAUCAACUCAGAAUUACCCCCAUUGUACCCAGCUGGGCUGCAAAACCUGGAGCAGACCUACUAAACACAUUACCCCUAGGUUGUCAGACGGUGACUAUGUCCCAACUCCAUUUGUGUCCGAAAACACUCUUUUUUGUUUGAUUUUGUUUUUUUCACUAUCACUAUGAAGCACUUACAUCUUUGACACAGUCUCACCAAUAUUUUUUCAUAUUUUUUCUUAUUUUACAGAUUGUACUUAUGAUAUACUGUAUGUCGAUCUAAUAAAAUGCUAAAUAUUUAACAAAUGUAU